GGCUAGCAAGUCCCCCUCACCUAUCAUAGUAAAGGGGUGAUCAGGAAUCGAAUUUUGGGGUUGGAAUAAUCAAUACGGAGUUCCUUGACAGCUGAAAAGUGAAGCUGAAGUUUGGGCCGGAGCAGACUGAGCGCUGACACCAUGGAUCCACUGCUGUAUCUGGGAGGUUUGCUGGUUCUGUUCCUAUUGUGGAUCAAAGUCAAAGGUCUAGAUUACGUGAUCGUGCACCAGCGGUGGAUCUUCGUGUGUCUGUUCCUGCUGCCGCUCUCCGUUAUAUUUGACGUGUAUUAUUAUGUGAGGGCUUGGCUCAUUUUCAAGAUGUGCUCUGCGCCCAAACUGCACGACCAGCGGGUGAAGGAGAUCCAGCGACAGGUCCGUGAGUGGAGGAAGGAAGGCAGUAAGAAAUACAUGUGCACAGGUCGACCCGGCUGGCUCACCGUGUCUCUCAGAGUGGGGAAAUACAAGAAAACCCACAAAAACAUCAUGAUCAACAUGAUGGAUAUUCUGGAGGUGGACACACAGAGGCAGGUGGUGAGAGUCGAGCCGCUGGCCAACAUGGGUCAAGUGACCGCUCUGCUAAACUCCAUUGGCUGGACGCUGCCGGUGCUGCCGGAGCUGGACGACCUCACUGUGGGUGGCUUGGUGAUGGGGACAGGCAUUGAGUCGUCCUCCCAUAUUUAUGGGCUGUUUCAGCACAUCUGUGUUGCAUAUGAGCUGGUUCUAGCUGAUGGCAGUUUGGUUCGCUGCACUGAGGAGGAGAACUCAGAUCUGUUCCAUGCUGUCCCAUGGUCCUGUGGAACUCUUGGGUUCCUGGUUGCAGCUGAGAUUAAAAUAGUCCCCGCUAAGGCCUGGGUGAAGCUGCGUUACGAGCCUGUCAGAGGAUUAGAGAAUAUCUGCAAACGCUUCACUGAAGCAUCAGAGAACAAGCAGAACACGUUUGUUGAGGGUAUCCAGUACAGUCUGGACUCUGCUGUCAUCAUGACAGGAACCAUGACGGACCACGCAGAGCCUGACAAGAUUAACAGAAUCGGCCUGCACUUUAAACCCUGGUUCUUUAAACACGUGGAGAGCUACCUGAAACAAGACUGCACCGGAGUGGAAUACAUCCCUCUGCGGCAGUACUAUCACAGACACACACGCAGUAUUUUCUGGGAGCUUCAGGAUAUUAUUCCAUUUGGAAACAACCCUGUGUUCCGCUGGCUGUUUGGGUGGAUGGUUCCUCCUAAGAUCUCUCUGCUGAAGCUCACUCAAGGAGAAACCAUCAGGCGUCUCUAUGAACAGCACCACGUGGUCCAGGACAUGCUGAUACCCAUGAAGCACCUGCAGACCGCCAUCACACGUUUCCACCAGGACAUCGAAGUUUACCCUCUGUGGCUGUGUCCAUUCCUGCUACCGCCUGGCAGGGGGAUGGUUCACCCCAAAGGUCAAGAGGAGGAGCUGUACGUGGACAUCGGGGCCUACGGGGAGCCUAAAGUCAAACAUUUCGAAGCUAAAGCGUCAACGCGACAGCUGGAGAAGUUUGUCAGGGAGGUGCACGGGUUCCAGAUGCUAUAUGCAGAUGUGUACAUGGACCGAGAGGAGUACUGGGAGAUGUUUGAUGGACAGCUGUACCACAGGUUGAGAAACGAGCUCGGCUGCAAGGAAGCCUUCCCUGAAGUUUACGACAAAAUCUGUAAAUCUGCUCGACACUGAUCCCUUAUCUCCCAUCUGGUGCCUCAACUCGUGGCUCUGUCACAACUUCAUUAAGGAAACUUGAGACUGACUAGUUUUGGGAUGUUUGGACCAAAACAAAAAACUGGAUAUGGAUACAUCUCAACAUUUCUGAGGUGGACCUUCUCACACACAAAUACUUGUAAUUUUUUUGGCAGUGACACUGAAGAAGACCAUCUAUCCAGGUGAAACAGGAGUAUUUUACUCAUUUUAAGUCAUGAAUGUAUUAUUUUUUUCUUUGUUCUAUACACAGCUAAUUUUAACAUUCAGGUUUGGCUUCAUGUGCUGAUAGACUCAAACCUAAUUGCACCAAAUGUCUUACUUUUUCCUUUUUUUAAAACAUGUAUAUUGCACAACUUUUCCCCGUUGUACUACAUCUUAUUGUUUCUUCAGUGCCACACCCUUUGGAAAACUGACCUCCUGAUUAGUCUUACACACAUUUUAAAAUACAUACUUUAUGAUAAAGCUCAGUUAGCCUUUAAGUCCAUAAAACUAUAUUAUAACUCAAAGUUGACUAUUUUGAUAUCAGAAACAGAUUCUAUUUCUGGAGCUGUGUAUUGGUGGGAAUUAAUUAAAAUGUAUUUUCUAUGUUAAAGCUCAUUCUCAUGCUUUUAAAUUACCGUAGUAUCAGGCUGUGCUUGGUCUGUUCGGUUUAUGUGGAUGUUAUGCAUCAAUUCAACAUCCACAUAAAUACCAGGACCCAAGAUUUAAUGAACUGAUCACUGUUAUUCACUUCACCCGUCAGUGGUUUGGUUUAUCUUUUUGCUUUACUGUUGUUCUUGAGUGUUAGAAUAGAAUAGAAUACAAUACAAUAGAAUACAAUAGAAUAGAAAGCCUUUUUGUCAUUGUACAAGGGUAUACAACGAAAUUGGGAGCGCUGCUCCAUUUGGUGCUUGGAAGAAUAUAUACAUUACAAUAAAGAAAAAGAAAAAUAGAGUAAAAUAUGAUUUAAAAAAAAUACAAUAAAAUACAGUGAGAAAGAGAAUUGCACAUACUGAUACUGAUAAAGUGACUUUGCAUAUUGUUCUUGGAGGUGAGUGGAGAUUCAGUGUGAAAUGAAUAUUGCACAAGAUUGCAUAUCUUUUAACCAUUAUUUAGUUAGGAUUUACCUAACAGACAUACCACAAACCAGCAAAUCCUUAAUGGGAUUUCAUUCAGGUUCAUAUUCUAUACCUGGUCUGUCUGCAGACCGCUGAUGCAUCCACCUUUAGCUAACUGCUUUUUUUUUGUUUACAUAUAAAUAUAGCAUACUAACUGAGACAGACAGCUUUCAACCAAAGGCACAUGUUUUACUCUAAGGUGGUGGAAAAGGUGUCACCCUAAGCCAGUGGUGUUUGUAGGCGUACAGCUUCUAAUACAUCAAUAUAUUUUAAUCUGAUAUGUAUAAUAUAUUUUAAUAAAUUGCUAAAAAUAUA